CUCUCUACCCAACAUGCCCUUUCGCGGCAACAUGGCUGCCGCCAUCAGCGGGCGGUGAAUGCACUGCCGGGCGUUGGCGCCGAAGGCAGAAGGGAGAACCAAAAGGCGGAGGGGGGGGGGCGGCUAUGCUGACGCUGCGCUGCCGCGCCCAGCGGCUGCCGCUCUGGGCGCCCUGCGGCGAGCAGCGGCGCUCCAAGCUGUACCGCCCGAGGCGCCCUAGCGGCCCGCUCCCUCGUACUCCGUGGACGGUGCGCGGUCCGCCGCCGGGACUGCAGCUGCCCUGGUACUUACAGAAGCAACCCUCGGUGCGGGAGCAGUUUCCCGAGCUCGACGUGGUGACGUACGAGGAGAAGCUGUACUGCGUGCCUUGGCUGGCCAAGCCUUUCCCCAAGGAGCCGUGGAAGCGAGGAUGGCGCGACCCCCGCUUCGGCCCUGGGCCCCGCGUGGAGGAGAUGCCGCUCUACCAGCAGCGGCCGUGCUACAUAUGCCACCAACGGACUGGCCUGCUGGAAGGUGUAAAGCAAGCAUUAUGGCUAACAAAGACAAAACUAAUGAAAGGCUUACCUCCGCAAAUACUUAAUAUAAUGAAUGAUACAGACAGUCAGUUGGAGAACCAAGAUGAGAGAGUCCACAAUGCAAUCUCUCAUGCACGUUUUUGGGUUAACACUGAAGAGGAGAUAACAGAAGAAACUUAUUGUCCUGUGCUUCUGGAAGACUUCCUUUACUUGUGCAGGACAAUGACUCCUAAAUAUCCCUCAUUGGCUAAAAGAAUGGUGGCUCGAGACUACAGAGUAGCAGCGACAUGGGAACGAGAAUCAAUUCUUCUUCAGGUUCGUGGUCUCAAUGGGAAGCUUUUGAAUGUGAUGAAACCUUUAGAACCUCUAGCCUCCAAAGAUGAGAUACUAGCCACUGAAAACCACGUUUUAGAAACCUUCUAUCCUAUUGCACCUACAAUUGACCUUCAAGAAGUUAAUGUAUAUGAGAUUAAAAAUGAGACAGGUUUCCGAGAAGGUUAUCCAUAUCCUCAUCCUCACACUAUAUACUUUACUCAGAAUAGCAGUCUUUUUAAAAUGGAUCCAGAACAGUUCCGGGCCAAAAUGAUGAUUUUUGCUUUUGGGAAUGCUCUGGCCAAGGCCAAGGCAUUGUAUGGGGAUGAACCCAGGGUCUUGGAGAACCCCAUUGUUGUGCAAAGUGUUGGUACAGAUGGCCAAAACUUCCAGUUCCUGGUAUUCCAGUUAAACACAACAGACCUAGAUUCUAGUGAUGGUAUUAAAAACCUGGCCUGGAUUGAUGCAGAUCAGCUCCUUUAUGAGGAUGCCAGAAGUCGUCCAGAAAUCAGGAAGAAAGUUGUCCUGGUUCCUGCUGGAAUACAUGGCUAUCAGCCAGAUACAUUCAAGAAGUUCCUAGCAUUCUACUUGCAUGGUGUUGUGUGAACCAGGCCCUCAGAUUGGAAGUUAACCUACCCCUGUUUCCUCCUGUAGAGCUGUGCUGUAAGCACAGUUAAGGGUUAGCAGCUAUUUAAUGGUUGAAAAUAAAGCUAUUUUUAAACAAAAUAAAAACAUUUAGAUAUCUCA